AUGAACAAGAAUGAGCUUACUACAAAAGCAUCCUACCAAGUAACAGAAAUUUUAGCACAAAAGAUGAAGGCGUUUUCUGAUGCAGAAAUUGUAAAAGAGUGUGUUGUCACCGUUUGCAAAACUUUGUUUUCACACUUACCUAAUAGUAAGCAAAUAUUAAAUAAAGUUUCUAAACUUCAGCCGUCUGACUCAACUUGCAUGAGACGGUCACAAGACUUAGCAGCAAAUAUUGCACUUAACAUUACCGAUGAACUUCAGCAAAGCAAAUGUUUUAGUCUUGCACUCGACUCAUCCACUGACAUAGCGUCAAUUUCUCAAUUACUAUUGUUCGUUAAAUAUGUAUCCAAAUAUUGUGUUGUUAAAGAAAAUUUUUUGGGCAUGAUUCCCAUGACCGGACAAACUUGA